AUGGAAUAUUCAUGCACUGGAUUAAAUAAUUUACCUGAUGAAAUUCUUAUGAUUAUUUUUCAAAAAUUGAAUAAUAUUGACGUACUUUAUUCUUUCUAUGGUAUCAAUCAGCGACUAAAUAAAAUAAUUCAUGAUCGAAUUUUUACAAGUCAUUUGACUUUUGUCAAAUGGUUAUCAGAUAAUUUUAUCGAUCUAUUUUCUUCUAAUAUAAUGCUUAAUCGAUUUUGUUUACAAAUUUUACCUUCGAUUCAUGAUAAAAUUCAAUGGCUUGAUCUUGAUUCAUCAUCUAUAAAACACGUAAAACGUGUUGCCAAUUAUCCUAACUUAGAUAGUCUUGGUCUUUAUAAUAUUGAUGAAGAGUCAGCUCAAUGUCUUUUUACUGAAGGAUUAUCUUUGGCUAAUCGUAAACCACAAAACGGAAAACAAUCUUAUAAAUCAAACAGUGAUAAUCGAAAUUUAUCACUUAUUGAAUAUUUUUUUCUUAAUGAACUUUAUAUUAGCAAUGUUCAUUAUGAUUAUAUAGAAAAAUUUCUUUUUGAUACCAAAACGUAUUUGCAAAAUAAUGUUAUUCUUUAUGUCGAUUAUGAAUCUUUACAACGAGUAACACAUAAUUUUGCAAGAGAUGCUACUCCAACUAAUUCUGCCAAAAUAAGUAAAUUACAUUUAUGCGGUCAAGGAAAACGUUCCAAUUCUUUAGAGGAAUAUUUUCCUUAUUCAAAACUAUCUUAUCCAUUAUAUUGA